CGCCCGUGACCCGUGAUUUGAUUUCGUCUCAAUCAAGGUCGUGCCUCCUGGGCGUCUUCUUCGCUUGGAGCUCCGCACGAGUCCUCUUCGCCGGCGAAAAAGCCAGCACCAGAGUCGCCGCCUUCCCCCCUAUAUAGCCCCCGUCCCCUACACCACACUAGCAUCACACGGAGGCGACCCCGAUCGUUUUUCUCGGACCGGCGACGCGAUCCCUUUUGUUGGGUAGUAAAUUUGGUAUGGCUGAAGAAGAGGAGGCAUCAAAAGUAUUGCGCCAGGAGGUUCCCAGGGAGCAGGAAGAGGCUGAGGCUUGCGGUCCCUCUGCCCCAGCAGAAUUAGCUACUGCAAACAAGGGCAGAGGAGACGGUGCACAGGGUAAUAAGAUUGUUAUCACAGAGAUGGAAGAGUUCGUGUUGGGACUACAAUUGAAUCAAGGAAAACGCAAGCUAGAAGCGUGUGAUGUGUUUAAGGAGGAAGAUGGCAAUGCCACAUCUUCAGGUGCUCUGCCAAAAGAUCGCACGGGCGGCUUGGCGGUGAUCAAAGAGCAAGCUGAAACUGAAGAGCCAAUAAAGGAUGGAGAAGAGAGACCAGUCAAACCGGAUGAGGUUCUACAUGAAGUUGCGGUGGGCAAGGGUUUGGCUGGUGCUUUGCAGUUUCUUAAGGACCGGGGGACGCUUAACGAGGGUGGAAACAGAACCACGGGCAAGAAGAAUAGGCUUGUUGUUUCCAAGGAUGAACCAAAAGAAAUCCGCAUAGAAAGAACUGAUGAAUUUGGCCGAGCGAUGACACCAAAGGAGGCAUAUCGGGAUCUUUCGCACAGGUUCCAUGGCAAGCGCCCAGGUAAAACAAAACAGGAGAAAAGGCAGAGAAAGUACCAGGAUGAGUUGAAAACCAAGCGAAUGAAAUCUUCUGACACACCUUUAAUGUCUGCGGAGAAGAUGAGAGAGGCUCAAGUUCGCAGCAAAACACCAUUCCUUGUUUUAAGCGGCAAUGCAUCAAGUCCAAGAGGUUAGGACAGUGAUUCGCCACAGGGGAGCGCAGAAACAGCAUCUUGGGAGAACAUCUUCAGGACAUGUCCAGACUGGGGAAAAAAAGGAGGACGGUUUACAGUAGCGCCAGUGUGCAAUAGAUUCCUUUUUUUCAUUAAAAAAAUGAAUAGGAUGGUUCACACAGGUUUGAGAAAAGCAUUUAGAACACCCCUGUAAUAUCCAAAGCUAAGACAGAAUGUCCAGCUUGAAAUUAUCCAGAAAUUUGUUCGUGUCACUAAAUUCGUCCUGUGGAGUACGUAUGUUAAAUGAACCAGCCAAUCCAUCCGAUGGAAAUUAGCCAAGAUUUUAAUUGUUCCUUCA